AUAGUAGACAAUUUUUCUAUAGUUCACAAUCUUCCUAUAUCACCUGCUUUUGGUGUUUUUAUAGCCUAUAUCCAAGACGAAAGUAUAACAGAAGGCGAAACUGCUGCUUUUCAUCUGAAGAGAAAUGCAUAUGAUGGCAUCAUAUCCUUUCAAGUCACAAUGUCCAUCUUGU